AUGGGUCUUUCUUUCUCUUCUCUGUCAUCGCCAUGGAUCAGAUCACUGCGUAGGAAGGCGUUUGGUCUGGCUGAAAAUGUCGAGGUCGUCCUCUUGAAGUCCCUGAGUUUCAACGAGAAGGAUGUUAAUAGGGCCUUGCGAGCUCUCAGCUUUAAGGACAGUAACGGAGAACAAAUUUCUGCGCCAGAUGAGCCUAGCAAGAAUGCUGUUGACCGAUCGCUCAGCUUCAGAAACUGGGGAUCUGGGAAGCCCAAUCUCCAGGUCGCAAUCUCUUUCAGGGCCCUGGUCUCCGAGAACGAGGACACAGAAUCUAUCAGCCUGUGGAGCGCCGGCCAUGAAGCGGUCGACGGAACAAAGCCGGAGAUGCCGCCCCUCCCGGAGUCGUCUUCUUCCCCGAGGUCCAUGGACGAGAAGGAUGCUGCGGCGACCAAGUUGCAGAAGUUCUACAAAGGCUAUCGGAUCCGAAGAAAUCUCGCCGACUGCGCCGUGGUCGUGGAGGAGCUCUGGUCGGUAUCAUUAUCCUCUCCUCUCCUCGUGGAAUUCAUCCCCUGUUCCGGGCAAUCUCCUGAAUCUACGACCAUAUCUCCUUCUCACGCAGGUGGAAGGCACUGGAUUUUGCUUCUCUGUCGAAAAGCUCGAUUUCCUUCUUCAACGACGAGAAACCAGAGACUGCCGUCUCGCGCUGGGCUAGGGCGCGGACAAGAGCUGCCAAGGUAGAAUUCUUCAAAAAAAAGAACAAAGAUUGGAAAAAAAAUUAAGAGAAUUUCCUUGGGAUUAAGUGGGUUUUAUAAUCGUAUAUAUCAUGUUACUGGGGCUAAUACGUUCUCAUCAUUCUUCAGCUUGGCAAGGGCCUGUCCAAGAACGAGAAGGCCCAGAAACUAGCACUACGGCACUGGCUCGAAGCAGUAAGUCCUCACCUGAUCCCCGGCUAUCAGCGGCCAUCAUCUCAAAAAUCUUUAGAUCACAUGCAGUUCCUGAUGUGGGAAUCCUUUUCAGAUCGACCCCCGCCAUCGAUAUGGGCACAAUCUGCACCUGUAUUAUGAAAUCUGGUUCAACAGUGAGAGCAGCGAGCCCUUCUUCUACUGGUAAACUAUAUAUUUCUCUGACUUUCCUCAGAUUCCGGGACCCAUCUCAGGGAAAAAAAAGACUUGGACGAUAUCUUGCUUGCUCAUCAUCUUCUUUCUCCAUGGGUGAAAUGCAGGCUAGACAUCGGGAGUGGCAAAGAGGUGAGCCACGAGAAGUGCUCAAGGAGCAAGCUUCAGCGCCAGUGCAUUCAAUAUCUCGGCCCGGUUGGUCUCCCCAGCAUACAUUUCCGCGGAUUUGUCUAAGUUUCUGGGCAUGAUUUUCGUCGAUUUACAUGUAAACCCAUGAGAAUUAUCAAUGCCCGUCAUUGUCAUGACUGGGUCGUGUGAUCUGAGUUGCAGAAGGAGAGGAGAUCGUAUGAAGUGAUCGUGGACAGUGGGAAGCUCAUCUACAGGCAAAGUCAAACCCCCGUGAACUCCGUAGAAGGGUCCAAGUGGAUCUUUGUCUUGAGCACAUCAAGGAAAUUAUACAUUGGGCAGGUAAUCAUCACUAUCAUCUUCACUAUCAUUAUGAAUAUUCUUUAUUGCCCUACUUUUCGUAAUUAUUUGCCUUGGUUUAUCCGUCUAAUUAGGGUUUUAUUGUGCUCGCAGAAGAAGAAGGGCACCUUUCAGCACUCGAGCUUCCUUGCAGGGGGGGCCACGACUUCUGCAGGGAGGUUGGUCGCCAUAAACGGCGUUCUGAAGGUACCCAAAAAAUAAUAAUAAUAAUAAUAAUAAUAAUAAUAAUAUAUGAACAGUUUUUAUUUAAAUAUUUCUGCAGCUUUAUUUUAUAUGGUUCUUAAUUUUUAUUUCUAUUUUUCUCCAGGCCAUAUGGCCGUACAGCGGCCACUACCUCCCAACCGAAGAGAACUUCAAGGAGUUCAUCAGCUUCCUGACGGAGAACAACGUGGAUCUAACUGAUGUAAAGGUGAGAUCUUCUCCUCUCAUAUUGUUAUUCAUCAGCAAUUUUUUCUGGCUCAUAUCAUAUUCUACAUUUAUGUUGCGAAAACUAUGCGAUUAUUCAUCUGAAAAUGCAGAAUCUUAUUAAAAAAAAUUAAUAUUCCAGAAAUGUUCAGUGGACGAUGAUGAGUUCCCGUGGCCCUGUACGACUGAGGAACCCCCGAAGGAGACAGCAAGCUCAGACGACUCUCUCCUUGGUGGUGGGGGUUCCAAUUCCGGGGGACCCACAUUUGCUCUUGGCGGCGGCGGCGGCGCCCCCACCACCACAAUGUCCUGCCAGUGGACCACCGGCGCCGGCCCUCGCAUCGGCUGUGUGAGGGACUACCCCGUUGACCUGCAGUUCAUGGCGUUGGAACAGGUCAACCUCUCGCCGAGGGUGGGACCGCCGCCGGCGGGGAGCAAGGGCCCGAUACCAUCUCCCCGGCCGAGCCCUCAGAUGAGGCUCUCCCCGAGGUUGGCCCAGAUGGGCAUCCCCAGCCCUAGGGUCUCUCUCACUCUCCCCAAGUCAAAGGAGAGAUCUUGA